AUGGUUGCCGCCGCCGCCACUCGCAACAUGCUCCAUCAAUAUGGCCGUCGCGCCCUGGCCAUUUCGAUGGUUGCCGCUGUCGGCUCGACUGCCGCUUUCUUCUUCGGAUACGUCCAGCCAAGACACGAGAAAUACGAGCGUUUCUUCGCGUAAGUGUUCAAAAUUAGGACAAUUGAAAAAUUUGAAAAAAGUUAAUAGGAAGAACGUGUUAGCAGUAAUAGCGGAUUCGUGGCUCUCAACCACAUCUGAUUUGUAGUAAUCAGAGUGCCACAAAUAGUCAUGAACAGAAAAGGCGGCGAACAUGUCCAAUUCUCUCAGCGUUGACUCAUUUCUAUCCGCUAGAAUUAGCAGCUGAAACGCGUGACAUUAAAUUGAAAUAAGCGACUUCAGCAAAAGCUUUAAAAGUAAGCUUUUUCUGCUGUGGCAGAAUUAUCAUAAAUAUUUAUCGAACAAUCAAAUUUUCAAUUUGCAGCAACUACGAUCCGUACACCAGAAUGAAGGAGAUCUGUGCCGCCAACAAGGGAUACAUGCACACCUGCCCACAGGAGCUCGCCAAGCUGUACGAGGAGAAGGGCAAGCCGAUCGCCGAUUUGUAG